CGCACCGCGCCGGGGCGUUGCUGGGAAACAUCUGGCGACGCCUGCGGCGGGGACCAGCCGACAUGGCGGCGGCGGCGACCGUGGCUUGGCUCCCGGCAGCCAUCCUCCUCUUCGUGGCCCAGGUGGCCUGUGAGUACGGCAUGGUGCACGUGGUCUCUGAGACGGGGAGCCCCAAAGGCAAGGACUACUGCAUCCUCUACAACCCACAGUGGGCACACCUGCCACAUGACCUCGGCAAGGCGUCUCUCCUACAGCUACGGGACUGGACAGCCUCCAUGCUCUGCUCUCCGUCUGACCUCCCCACCAAAGGCUUUAGCAACCAGAUCCCACUGGUGACGCGGGGGAACUGCACCUUCUAUGAGAAAGUGAGGCUGGCUCAGGGCAGCGGGGCGCACGGGCUGCUCAUCGUCAGCAAGGAGACCCUGGUCCCCCCAGGAGGCAACAAGACGCAGUACGAGGAGAUUGGCAUUCCCGUGGCCCUGCUCAGCCAUAAAGACAUGGUGGACAUUUUCAAGAAUUUUGGCCGAGCAGUGAGGGCAGCGCUGUAUGCCCCCAAUGAGCCUCUGUUGGACUACAACAUGGUCAUCAUCUUCAUCAUGGCUGUGGGCACUGUCGCCCUCGGGGGCUACUGGGCCGGAAGCCGGGAUGUGAGGAAAAGGUACAUGAAGCACAAGCGUGACGACGGGCCUGAGAAACAGGAGGACGAGGCUGUGGACGUGACACCCGUCAUGACCUGCGUCUUCGUGGUGAUGUGCUGCUCCAUGCUGGUGCUUCUGUACUAUUUCUACGACCACCUUGUCUACGUGAUCAUCGGGAUUUUCUGCCUGGCCUCCUCCACUGGCCUCUAUAGCUGCCUUUCGCCGUUGGUCCAAAGGCUGCCGUUUGGCAAAUGCAGGGUCUGCGACAACAACCUGCCCUACUUCCAUAAGCGCCCUCAGGUUCGCAUGCUGCUCCUGGCGCUGUUCUGUGUGGCCAUCAGCGUGGUGUGGGGCAUCUUCCGGAACGAGGACCAGUGGGCCUGGAUCCUUCAGGACGCGUUGGGCAUUGCCUUUUGUCUGUACAUGCUGAAGACCAUCCGCCUCCCCACUUUCAAGGCCUGCACGCUGCUGCUGCUAGUGCUGUUCAUCUACGAUGUCUUCUUCGUGUUCAUCACUCCCUUCCUGACCAAGAACGGGAACAGCAUCAUGGUAGAGGUGGCGACUGGGCCUACGGACUCAGCCACGCAUGAGAAGCUGCCCAUGGUCCUGAAGGUGCCCAGGCUGAACACCUCGCCACUGGCCCUGUGUGACCGGCCCUUCUCCCUCCUUGGAUUCGGGGACAUCCUGGUCCCAGGGCUGCUCGUGGCGUACUGCCAUAGGUUCGACAUUCAGGUGCAGUCGUCCAGGAUCUACUUUGUGGCCUGCACCAUCGCCUAUGGCAUCGGCCUCCUUGUGACGUUCAUGGCCCUGGCCCUCAUGCAGCGCGGCCAGCCGGCCCUCCUCUACUUGGUGCCCUGCACGCUGACCACCAGUGGCGCCCUGGCCCUGUGGCGCCGGGAGCUGGGCAUGUUCUGGACGGGCAGCGGCUUUGCGAAGGACCUACCUCAGCCUUGGGUACCAGCCACAGCUCAGGGCCCACAGCCUCCGAAAGAGUCCGAGGCCGUGUUGUCCCAACAGCCUCCGGGUGAAGCACAGGUCACGCCUGCCAUGCCUGCUGAGCAGCCUCCAGAACUGGCUGAGCCCAAGGACAUGGCUGGUGUGUCCACCCGGGAGCCCACGGGCCCGCCGGGUGCCUCAGCCUAGGGGGCAGAGCAGCCUUGGCCCCUUGCUGCCGUCCCCCCCUGAGACUGGACCCGCUGGCCCCUAACUUGGUGCUCUGGUCUGGCCGAUGCUCGCAUCUCCUGCCUCCUCGAGCCCAGCCGCACUUGGACCCCGGCCCUGCUCCCAGCUCGUGUGGCUGCUGCACGCCCCUCGGACCACCUACAUCCCCGUCCCAUGACCUCAGCCCUGUCAUCUUCCUGGUCGGAGUCUCUUGGUGGAAUCUCAGAAGGGGCAGGAAGUGUCACCUCGCCCGCCAAUGGCUGCAGACCCACCACAUUGGUGCUUACCCCACAAGGCUGUUUCCUCCAGGUCUCCCUAAAGAUGCCCUGCCCUGGGCAGGGGGGGCGAGGUGUCUGCCCCUGACACCGAAGCCACAGCUUUCCAUCUGCGGUCCAGCUGGUCCAAUGCCGAGAGCCUGGGUCCCAGAGGUGUGAACUCAGGCCAUCAGCCCAGCUGGCAGGGGCUGGACCCGUCUCUGGGUUGUUAGUGGGCCUGUGAGGAAAGGGAGCUGGGCUGAGGGCUGCCAGCAAGGCUGGUGGUAUGUGGAUGGCGCUGCUGGGCAGAGCCCUGACCCUGGUUCCUCCAUCCGCCCCGGAGGCGUCUGGCACCUGUGCUCCAUCCAGUCCCUCCAUGUCUUAAUAAACGGCCACGACUUUCUGAAA